CAUAGACAGAAUAAAGCCCUGCCCCAUCUCAGUCAUCCAUCAGUCAAGCAGGCUUUUGCAGCCUAUAUGCAGGCGAUGGACUGUGUGCAUCUCUGUAUGCAGCGGUUCGCACUUGGGCUUCUAGACUCUCUUAGCAGCAUGUCGCAGGUUGAGAGCCAAGGUGAGGGCGAGAAGCAUGAGAUCGAGGCCAUUCUCCAGUGCGUUAAGGAGGUACGCAUACGCGUUCACUGAUAGCACAGAAGAGGAGAAUGAGUGCAUUCCACACGACACCGUGGCAUUGUUGGUGUGGUGUGGGUGAUGUUUGCAGGACGGCGUGUACACGUUUGCGGUCAAGUGGUUCGGCUAUCCUGAGAAGGCCCGUGACACGGUGUCCUUCCAGUACUGGGAGCCUUACGUACGCACGCACGCGGCAACGACAUAGAUGGAUGGGUGCCUGCUGCUUGUUGACCUCUCUCGCCCGCCCCUCUCUGUAUGUGUGACGUAGAAGAAUGUCAAGGACCUCAAGGGCGAUCUGGGCAUCAAGCGCGAGGCGGGUCAACACACAUACGCGGCAGCAGUACUUGAUGGAUCUGCCUCACACUCGCGUGUUCCGGUGUCUGUGGCCGGUGUAUCUUUGUAUGUUUGCUUGUCGUUGGCUGGCCCUUUGUGCAGUUUCUCAUGAAGUCCAUCGCAUUUCUGUCAUCCAUCAGUCAAGCAGACCUACUACAUAUGUUGAUCUACAUAUAUGUCUACGUAGAGAACCAAAAAGGGCCUCGUAUACAGAUACAGAUAGGGAGUGAGCGACUAAUCUCAUUUACAGCACUUGCCAAUCACAUGCUUGUACUUGCUCACAAGAGCGUCCCGAAUUGCAUCCAGCUUGCCGGACGGGGUGUGCCAGUAAAAGUCCUUUUGGCACGUUUUUUUGUUGCGCUGGUGCGCCAUCUGAACGCGGUCCCUCGCCGAACCGUGCGAGCACCCUGUGUUCCUGAGAGGUGGCUCCUUGCGCUGUGUCUUGAUCACCCGGAGUGCAGCCUUGAUGGUCGUGAGCUGGACAAGAGGAUUGAUUUGUUGAUUGCUUCUGUGCACUUGUUGUCCCCGUCCUUGUCUCUCAGACGCCCGGCCCACACAACAUGAAGUACGUCUACGAGAAGAUGCACCAGUACGCCAUCGAGGACAGCAAGAAGGAGGCGGCAGACAAGGAGAAAGAGAUCAAAGAGGAGGACAAGAACUAACCAGACGAGCUACGCACGCCACAUAGCUCAACUACAG